AUGGAGGUGUCGCCAAAGGCUCUCAUCGACAAGGAUAUAAAGACUUCCUUGAUGCGCCUGCAGAUUAAACCGACCAACUGGGAUGACCUCGUGCAGAACGGACCGACAUGGAGGAGAGCAGUGAUCUAUGAAGCCCGCCGCGAAACCGACGCCAAAGCCAACGUGAAGCCCCUGUCGCAAACUCCGCGAAGACGGCCACCCCCGUCACCGCCGACCACACAGUCGCUGCCCCGCCGCCACCAAUCACUGGCAUCAUCAGCCGUGCCCCAUCUCCUGACUCGACAACAGCGACCAGCUCCACCAAUGCCACGAAAUCACGCACACCCCCCACCGAUGGGACGACAUACAACGUCCCAUAACCUUCUACCAUCACAACCAACACCCCCACCUCUAGCGAUGAGGAGCCGGUCCAUACCUGUUGUCAUUGCAAUUCGCACAUUCAUCUCACACCUCGGCCUGGUCGGUCAUUUGCGAAUCCAUCACACAGAAACCGGCAAACCAGUGCCUGGAACACCGACCUACAGUCGCCACAACCUCCUCCACCGUCCGCACUGCCCUCACACACACUCCCUGGGUCACGUGCGCAUUCAUGAAAACCUGCGGAAGACAGCCGCCAACUACAUCUCAUCCUCACACCUUCCCCCACCAGUAACUGCGCCACAUAACGCAAAUCAUUCAACCACCACCUUGCAUAUAGGUGGGAUGUGUGCUGCUCGGUCCCUUGUCGAUGUGACUGCUCUGCAGCAUGUGUGA